AUGCCUUUUGAGCCCGAGAUAAAGUCCUCUUUAGGCCUCCAUACACAGCGUCAAGUGGAGGCAUUAUUUGCAGCGCCUAAAUACUUCGGUGAUGGGGUCGCUAAAGAAGCAGUUAUCUCCACAGGCAUUACAGUCAGCUAUGCUAUUAUCGAGCUACCAUCAAUGCACCCGUUCGUAGGUGCAGAACAGGUGGUGCUUAUCGCCGGCUUUAUGCAGCCAAAGGACACGUGGGCGCAUUUCAUCGACGUAUUGUUGACCAAGUGGAAUCGGAAGCAGCGCGGAGUGGGUCUUAACAUUUUAGUGAUGGAUAAUCGCGGCUUUGGUGGAACAGACGCGCCAUUUGGCAUGUACUCGACACGCACUAUGGCUGAGGAUAUUCUUGCAUUGAUGGAUCACAUUGGUUGGCGUUCAGCGCAUAUUGUUGGUGGCAGUUUAGGUGGCAUGAUCGCACAGGAGUUGGCACUCCUUGAUCUUCGACGAGUAUGCUCAUUGACACUAGUGUCGACGAGUCGUGAUAGAUAUAAGGCCAGUGGCCGAUCACUCGGACUUAUGGUCCGUAAAACUUUUUCGUUCAAGUCAGUUACUGCCAAGGCGAACAGUAUGGUGGAUACGCUGUUUCCAAGUGAGUGGGUCGACUCGACGAUAAUUGUGGAAACAGGUGAAAGUGUACGAUCUGCAAUUGCACGCAUGUACGAGUUGCAGCUAAGGAAAUGGCCUGAACCAAGUGUUAGUGGUGUAAUGGGUCAGACUGCCGCCGUCCAGACACACUUUGUGUCCGACGAGAGGCUACGCAACGUGAACAACGCCGGCUUUCCUAUCCUUAUUGUCAGUGCCAUGUUGGAUGACGUUAUCCCAGCUGCUGAAUCUAUCGCGUUGAAGGAACAGUUGAACGGCGAACACGUACGCACACUAUUCUUCGAUAUUGGUGGCCAUGGUGCGAUUCACCAGUACGCAGAUGAUAUUGCCAGCGAAAUAAUUGAAACCAUGAUGCGAGCGGCACCGCCCUUGUAA